AUGGAAAUGGUACAAAAAUCAAUAAAGGUUGUGAUGCGCAUAGAGGUGCAGAACACAAAGGCAUCGCUCAACCCACGGGAUGAGGAGCUGCGUCUGCCUACAGAUGUCAACGCACACGGCCCGCCCACUUACUCUCGCUCCGUCCAAAUGAACUCCCAACCUCGUAUGGAAAACGAGCAGCGCCUCAGUCCUUUCUGCCAUUCCUCCGCCUGGCCAAUGAGCGCACGCACUUCGUCUCCACCAAUCGCCGUCAUGCCAGCCUGA